CGAGACGCACACACGCUCCGGACUCCAGCGCAGGCUGUUCAUUGCGGUAAAGAGAAUAAAAUAAUAAAAAAAAUUGAGAAGGAAAAAAAAAAAACAACCAAAAACACCGAGCACGGACAGUUUAUCGCUACGCUAACAUUCCUACGGUUGACAAUACGGUGGGAUAUAAUUUAGGUGAAGAGUGACUCUUCAACCCAGAGAUGAAUUUCGAGCAGCCCCCUCCUUACCCCGGCAAUGGCCCGUCUGCUCCCGGCUACCCAGCGCAGGGCCCUCCUCCUCAGGGCUACCCGGCGCAGGGCUAUCCUCCGCAGGGCUACCCCGUGAACAUGGAGCAGCCUAAUCCGUCUUACCCCAACUACCCUGCUGGACCAAUGGGCCACGGCGGACCGUACCCUGGCCCGGGACAACCUCCCUAUCAAGGCUACCCUGGACAACCGCAGUACGGCUGGCAGGGCGGACCCCCUCCGGGGCCCGUGUAUGGGGAGCCUCCCAAAAACACAGUGUAUGUGGUGGAAGACAGGAGAAGGGAUGACACAGGAGACACAUGUCUGACAGCCUGCUGGACGGCUCUGUGUUGCUGCUGUCUCUGGGACAUGCUGACAUAAUUCUAUUCCCCCGAAUGUUCACACCUAUUACCUUUUUCUUUGCCUUGAUCCCCAUCACCCUUUCUCUUGUCUGCCUUAAACCUCUCACCACCUUACAGCUCCACCUUCCAUUUCCUCGAUAAACCUUGUACUCAACUUUAGAAUAAAAGCCUCGAUCCCACGGGGAAGCCUUGUCCCAGAGCCACUGACUCUGCUUUGAUGUGAAGCCCUGAGCACCGACCGACCGACUGACUGACUGACCCGUCCGGGGGCCGAUGACGCCGUAGCAGCUUGCAAACUGAGCUCCUAAACACAACCCCCGAAUUCUCAGGCUACUCACUAAAAUUUCGCACCAACACAUAACAUACAUACGCACAAACACGAAGGUCAGUACACAACACACAGUACAUACAGUGUCCGUGGACCUCGGGUUCAUUUAAUGUGAUGCUCUUUGGCACUUUACAGUGAUUACCUCUGUAACGUCUGACUCUUGCCUGCCCCUCCAACUAUGUACGACCCUCCCACGUCCGCUCCAGCUACGCUAUCUGCUACGUCCAAGGACUACACCUUACCCUGGGCUCAGCUCCCACAGUCCACCAACACCCCGGCUGCUAAUGGCUCACGGGAUGAUGUUAAGAAGCAGAUGCUUGAAAUGUAUCACUUUUAUUUUCACUCUAUUUUUUUGGAGAUGUAUGUCUUUGAGCGGAAUCGCGUUAAAAUAAAGGUUGUGCAUUUUUAAAGAUGACAGUGA